UUCGGAAAAUGAUUCACCAAUCAUUUUCAACACUAAUAAUAAAAUUAUCCCAAAAUUGAUAAAAUUAUUUAAAUUCAUAAAAUUAAUUAAAAUUAAUAAAAUUAUUUAAAUAAUUUAAUUUAUAUUUGCAGAUGGUGUUUAAUAAUUAUUUUUCAUUAUUGCCUUCUAUUGGUAAUUUUGUGUAGUUUUGGCUGUAAAUUGUGUUAUGAAUACUGCGGACGAUUUGAGUAGUAAUGACGAGGCGCAAAACGAGGAUGAAACUGCCAAAACGAAGCUUAACUUAACUCAGGAGAAUGUCAAGGAACUGAUUUCAAACUUACUUUUAUCAAUUGUUGAAUAUUUAACCAAAAUCGCAGUCACCUGCGAAGGCGAUAACGUCGCAGAUCCCACUGUCAUCAAAACUCUCAUGAAACACAUAUACAAAUUUGAGAAGUCGUUGAAGAAGUUACAUAAGCUCGUUGAGUAUAGUUACUCUCAGUCGUAUGAUCUUGGAAGUGUAAUCAAGGGCGUUAUAACAGCUGUUGACGACUAUAAUAAUCCGUACGAUUGGCUGUAUUAUAAUGUUGUGAAUAAAUACCUAAAGUGCGCAGAGAAACUUGAUAACUCACUAUCAGUCAUUGAUACACUACAAAGCAAAUUAAUCGAACGCCUCCAAUUCACUAAUAAUUAAUUUUAUACAAACUUUA